AUGGAGUCUUGCUCUACGUGUGCAACCAUCCUCUCCUCAACGCCAGCGUACACGAAAGAGAAACCAUCUCUUCCACAAGAUCGUCGAGUCGCAUGCUGUGCGAGAAUCAUCUGUGGCAAAUGCAUCCAUAAGAACGAGCGAUUUGCCGACUAUUGUCCAUACUGUCAGGUUUCGACAGGGCCGACGUCUCUGCCGCAGGGGUUGAGGGAACCGCCGGCUUAUACAUCGCUGCCAUCGCCCAGUUCAAGGACUGCACAUAUCUCCGGCGCGCCUCCACCAUACUCCGCAGCCUCACCUACGCCGAGCGUCAACGAUGAGAAGGCAGCAUUGGCGCAGGAUGCUACCAAAGAAGAUGCUCCGGAUAUCCUUCAUUUCCUCGACCAUCGCCAUGACAGCGUCAGCUCCUUAUCUCUUCGAUACGGCGUGCCCGCUCACGCUCUGCGACGAAGUAAUAACAUCACGAGCGACCACUUGCUUCUCGGAAGACGAACAGUGUUGAUUCCUGGCGAGUAUUACAGGGGCGGAGUUAGCCUCUCACCACGGCCCAUCGAGGGCGAAUAUGAGGAGCUGAGGAAGGGCAAGAUUCGCCGCUUCAUGACAUCCUGCAAAGUCUUCGACUAUGACAUUGCUGUACUGUACCUGGAACAGUCUAGCUAUGAUCUUGAGAACGCUGUUACAGCAUAUUUGGACGAUGAAGAAUGGGAGCAAGAGAAUCCAGCCUCUGGCAAGGGCAAGAAGGCCGACAUAUAUAAGAACCGUGGCCCGUUUUGGAGAGGACUCUGA